UUGGGCGAGUCUUAUUUUGUAUUCGCAGAGGGUAACCUUAGCAUGUUAGCUGAUGAGAUUCGAGAAAGGCCUUUCAGGUGUCGCCGUCUUGCAAGGCGUUGUUCUGUAUUAUAGUGUUUAGAGCUGUUGGAUGAAAAAGUACUUUGAAAUCGGUCAACCAUCUAAUAGGAUAACGUCUUUGAGUAUUGAUUAAAGAGCCGCCGCAUAACAUUCACUUGUUUCACAUAGUUUUGAAUAAAGCAAUUGAAGCGUCGCAAGAACAGUACCGGUUACAUGCUUUCGCCUGACGUUAUGUUUCUCCUCGAAGCAAAAGAAGAAGGAAUUAUUUCAAUCAAGACAUGAACCCUUUGGACAUACCAGGAUACCAAUAUUUUGCGCUCCUGUGUCAGGAGUAUCAGCAGACAUUCAUCAGGAUAUAUACUUGGAGAUUCAUUCUAAGACAUUCAUUCAAUUACCAAAAAGCCAAUAAUUUGCACGGCUUCUAUACUAAUAUUAUACGUUUCGGAUCGAUGUCUGUGGUGCAUAUGGCUUCUUCAUGAGUAACAUGAACCUUUUGAAGGAGUAAGCAAAAGGUUCAAGAAUCAUGAAGGAAUUGCCAAAGAUUGCAAAUUGCACUCAAGACUAUAUUACCUACAUGGUGUGGAGUUUGACAUUUUAGAGUAAAGAUCCCAGGACAGCAGUAACUUGCUAAGUGGAUUGAUUCUUUGUCAUUUGAUUCUGAGGACAUAUCAGCACCAGGACUUCGGAAUAUUCCACCAAAGACCAAGACUAUCUUGGUUCUUUGGAACAUUCGCUUUCUAAGAUGCCAUCGAGGUCAAGACGACUCGAAGAGGAGAAGAGAAGACGACUCCUCUAUGAUUACCUUUCAUGCUGUAGGAGUGGUUUCUACUCCGUACAACAUGCUCAACAUCAUCAGAUGCCGAUAGAUCCGGCUUCACCCCAGUUCGGCAUGUCAUCUCCAUCGGGGUCCAGUGUAUCUAGUGAGGAAUCCAAUGAUGGAGACUUGACGAAGGAUCCUUACGGAAUCACACUACACUUCGUCACCGAUCCGGGAGAGAGCAUCAAGUUACGGAAACUCAUCCACCCUCUCGUAAAACACUUCGACCAUUCCUUCAAGAUGUUCAACAUCGCAGAACGCAGCAGACCCAACGGACAGUUCAACAAGGCCAAUGGCGGCGCCAGAGACAUUUUCCCGGCACUGUCCGUCAUGUUGUUCCUGCACAUCGACGAGGAUGUUGACGAUAGGAGGAUAUCUUCAGCGCAGGAAUACCUUGCGAGGAAACCUUGGAAGUACCACCACAACUCACGGGUUCCGGGGAAGUUGUACCUCUGUGAACCCAACUUUCAGAACUUCUACACCACCGAGCAGGACAUGCCACUGUGGGCGGUACGGCAGGUCCACUACGGCAAAGAACAUCUCAGGUUUAUGCUCUACGCGAGUCGGGAGAACUGGGAGGACAUGAUCCGGUUCUACACCUUAGUGCUAAAUCGAAAAGUAGAAUACCAAAAAGAGGACUUCUGUUACUUUGUAACGCACACAAGAGAUUCUUCGGACAUCCAGUUCGCGCUCAAGCGGAUCCCUGAGGACUAUUCGGUCAGACCGCUUUAUACGUCGUUCCUGCAGUUCAAAGUGCGCGAGAUUGGUGAGCUGGUGCCAUUGCUUCCGAACUCGUGCUCGCCGAUCAGUCCCCAGAGGUGGCAGACUACAGACCCCGACGGCAAUGUGACCUUGAUCCUGGUGACCAAGAAGGUUGGGACAAAUAACAAUAGCACCCUCACCCCCCGAAGACAGUCUGUGGACGUCCUGCAGCAAUUGAUUGCCCCAAAGCCAUUGAAACCUAAGGCCAAACAAGCCUUACAGACUGUCCUGGACGAAGAUGAAGAAGACUCACAGUAGGCUAAACAUCUACCAAACAUUAAAGCCUAAUAAAGUAUGAAUGGAAUGUUAUAUGAUGAUUCAAUACAUGGAAAUGUUUACGUGCUAACGACAUCUCUCAUAGAGUUCGGUGCUCACUUGAUGAAACGCUGAUUAGCAAAUAGGCCUGUCUUGAAAUCUUCAGGAACAUUACUUGGGUCCGAUAAGUGCAUGUGGCAUGGAAAUGAUCCAAGCAAAUGUAUUGAUAUAAAUAAUUUUUUUUUCUUAUCCAAAUUAAAUAUCCACUUGAAUAUACUCACAGAACGUGGUUCAUUGUAUAAUUUACGAGCAAUAAUGACUU